AUGUCGCUACAACGUCGUACAUCUUUACGAUCGUGGUUUGCUCGUAAUGCCGCAUACCACAUAUACACUGCCGUUCUCUUCACGUGGACAGACUACAAAACAAUAUUCUUUCCUGUUCUAGCCUUCGGCUCUGGCACCGCCCCCGUGCAAUCUUCAGCAAACUUCUGGAAUGCGUGCAUAUGGGUCUGGUGGCAUCUCUUGCUUUGCAAUGUGUCCAACCAGGCGAACAGCAAGAACGAGGACGCCCUGAACAGGCCCUGGAGACCGCUACCAUCGGGACGAGUCUCGUGCUCGCAAGCUGUGGCACUACGCAAAGUGAUGGUCGCCAUAUGUAUUGCACUGUCAGCAGUGUACGGGUUCGGAACGAUCGCGUUCAGCAGCAUGAUCGUCUUCACCACCGUCUUGUACGACGAGUGUGGGCUCGCUAGACACCCAAUAGGUAAAAAUUUCUGCAAUAUAUGCGGAUAUACGGCGUUUCAGGCCGGUGCAACAUUGUUACUAGGGGGAACCCGUGUCCUCGAUCAAUUGUCUAUUGCCGCAGUGGGCUUGAGCGGAAUGAUUAUCUUCACGACAGUUCAGCUUCAAGAUUUUCCUGACCAGGCAGGAGAUGCCGCUAUCGGCAGAGUCACGUUCCCCAUCUAUGCACCGGAGUUCUCGCGCGUUUUCACUCUGGUGGCUAUGGGCUCCUGGUCGAUACUGCUAGGAAGAUACUGGGGCAUCGGGGUUGUGAGCCGUUGCUGUCUCUUUGCAAUAGGCAUGUUAGUCGGGAUACGGUGUUUCGCCUACAGAACAUCAGCGGCCGAUACAAUCACCUAUCGCAUGUACAACGUAUGGCUGAUGGCUGCGUUCCUGUUACCUUUGCAUGCCCGGCGUGGAAUUCUGUAUAUUUAG